CACCCCCCCACCCCCCCACUCCUCCCCACCUACCCCUCCACUACUCCUCUCGCCACACUCUUCAAGCAGGCCUUGAAGAGUAGCUCUAUUCAAUUCUUGUUUCUCCCUCGUUUUCCUUUUUGAUUAGAGUCCGCCUCAUCAAAUGGCUAAAGUUUUUACUCUUGCAGAGGUGUCUGAGCACAACACUAACAAGGACUGUUGGCUUGUCAUAGGCGGCAAGGUUUAUGAUGUGACUAAAUUCUUGGAAGACCAUCCUGGUGGCGAUGAAGUUUUGGUGUCUUCAACUGGCAAAGACGCAACCGAUGAUUUUGAGGAUGUUGGCCACAGUGCCAGUGCUAAGGCAAUGAUGGAAGAAUUCUACAUUGGCGAGAUUAACACAUCAACCAUUCCAACCCAGAACAAGUACACUCCCCCGAAGCAGCCUCAAUACGACCAGGACAAAACAUCUGAGUUCAUCAUCAAGCUCCUCCAGUUCUUAGUUCCGUUGAUCAUCUUGGGUGUGGCUGUCGGCAUCCGUUUCUACUCCAAAUCAUCGACCUGAAUGAGUUUCUUGUAUCGUCAGUAAUAAGUUUCUUAAGGUUGAAAACCCUGUAAUCUUUACUUCACACCACCUUCUGUAAGUGAAGAGGGGGAGCAGGCUGUUUCUACUCUUGGAAAACUGAGGAGGCAUUUGUAUUUUCUGUAGUUUUUACUUAUGAAGAAACUUACUGUUAUCUUCCA